AGAUGUCUAACGACUCUUUUGCUGUGGCUUUAAGGAAUUUGGGGGGAACUCACACAAUCCCAAAGUCUGCUGCCAAGUCCAAAUCUGGGUCAGGGAAGAAUGAUGAAUCCGGGUCCUCCCAGCAAGGAGCGGCUGGUGGAGAGUCAAGUGUCGCCGUGGAAAAGGUUGCCCUCGGGAUGACCGCCGAGGUUCAGGAGUCUGGCAGCCCGGACCUUGUUACCCGGGGGACGAAGAGGAAACAGCCCUCGGCGAGGAAGGCUCCUGCGAAGGUUCCCAAGGCCAGGGCUGGCCGGGGUAAGGAGAUGAUGGUGGAGUCCGAGUCUGAUACUGAUGAGAGUGAGGACCCGGAGAGGGAGGAUACCCGGGUUGUUCUUGGUGCUGGCAAGUAUUCAGCCAGAGAGAUAAUCAAGUUGAUGUCUGGUAUCCCAACUGAUGAGGAUUGGGUGAAGAUGGAUGACGCCGGGUUGGUUAGUACCUUCAGAGAGAUUGGGAGUCUUUGGGGCCAGCUUGGGGCUCGGCUGGCCGGGUUCAACACCAUGGCCUUUGAUGUUAUCAAGUCGGAAAGGGAUACUGCUGAUGCGUGCGGGGAGAGGACCCGGAAAGCUGAGUCGAGCUUAGCUCAGGAGAGGUCGGCAAAGGAGAAGUUGGAAUCUGAGAUGGAUAAGCGGGUGAAGGAGGUUGAGACCCGGAUGCAGGGCGAGUGGAAGAAGAAGGUAGACGAUGCCGAGGCUCGGGCUGCUGAUGCCGAGAAGAAGGCGUCCGGGUUCGAGGAGGAAGUGGGCACCCUGAAGAAGAUCUUGGAGGAGAGGAAGGAGGCCGGGGUGGUCAUCGCUGAAUUCCAGAAGUCGACGGCCUAUGCUGAUGCCCUCAACCAUGCUGCGGCAGCGGAGGUGGUCCGUUGUUGGCAUGUAGCCGAGCGACAUAUUAAAUCUGACCCGGAAGCUAAUCUUCAGAGCUUCAUCGAAUUGUAUCUCGCUGCGAAAGAUAACAUCAAAGCUGGGAAGGGCGAACCUGAGCCUUACGAAGGCCCAACUCCCAGCUUCAUAGCUCGUGCCAACCCGGACAUCUCCACUACUUCGGAUGUGCCUGUUGAUCCGGGCUCUAAUGUCAACCGUCCCCCGGCGAACGAUCCUCCCCUCCAUUAGUCCUUGUCUUCCUUGAUUCUGUUUGUGUUAUUUGAAACAACCUUUUGUAAUUCCGAAUUUGUCUUGCUGGAUUUGAGUAUUUGCCCGAGGUCUUUGUAGACCCGGGAUUAUGGAUGUUUGUUUUGAUGCUCUUUAUCAAAUAUUGUCUCGCCAUUUUUACUCAUGUGUGCUUUUGCCUUGUGGAUGCUUUUAUCUGUUUUACAUGAUUGCUAGGGGAUGUUUGCACUUAGAAAAUUUUUCUAAGUAAAUAAGAAUAGAUGGACCCGGGUAACAUCUACCCGAUUUGACUGCUUUAACAUGUUUGCACUUAGAAAUUUUUCUAAGUAAAUAAGAAUAGAUGGACCCGGGUAACAUCUACCCGGGUUGGCUGCUUUAACAUGUUUGCACUUAGAAAUUUUUCUAAGUAAAUAAGAAUAGAUGGACCCGGGUAACAUCUACCCGGUUUGACUGCUUUAACAUGUUUGCACUUAGAAAUUUUUCUAAGUAAAUAAGAAUAGAUGGACCCGGGUAACAUCUACCCGGGUUGGCUGCUUUAACAUGUUUGCACUUAGAAAUUUUUCUAAGUAAAUAAGAAUAGAUGGACCCGGGUAACAUCUACCCGGGUUGGCUGCUUUAACAUGUUUGCACUUAGAAAUUUUUCUAAGUAAAUAAGAAUAGAUGGACCCGGGUAACAUCUACCCGGUUUGACUGCUUUAACAUGUUUGCACUUAGAAAUUUUUCUAAGUAAAUAAGAAUGGAUGGACCCGGGUUGAGUGCUUUCUUUUGCUUUUUAUACUUAGAAAAAUUUUCCAAGUUAGUGAUUGUAUGGAUGAACCCGGGUAGAUCUUUCCCAGGUUGCUUGUUUUCUUUUGCUUUUUAUACUUAGAAAAUUUUCCAAGUUACUGAUUGUAUGGAUGGACCCGGGUAGAUCUUUCCCGGGUUUCUUGCUCGACAUGUUUUGGUUGCCUUAGAAAUUUUCUAAGUAAAUAACAAUACGGAUUCACAAGUAGCAAAAGACUUCAUUGAUAUUCAGAUGAUUACACAGCUUUGAUAAUCAAAAAUACAUGGUUGCUUUUAGGAAUAUGUAGCUGUCUUCUAAGGUCUUUUCUUUCCGUUGGCUUUACUGAUAGAAUUUCCUCAACCUGAGGCCAUGCCAGGUGUUAGAUACCUCUGAUCCGUCCAUGUGUUCUAGUUUGUAGGUACCCGGCCUUAAGACUUCUCUGACUUUGUAAGGGCCUUCCCACUUAGGCAUUAGCUUUCCUGUGUUAGUUGGAUCUGAGGCUUCGGUGUCUCGUAGGACCAGGUCCCCUGCUUGAAAAUUUCUAACCCGGGAUUUCUUGCUGAAGUGGUCCCGGGUCUUCUCUUUGUACUUUUCCAUUCUUGCGAUUGCCUGAUCUCGGACCUCAUCUACCAAGUCCAGGUUGACCCGGAGUCCUUCCUCGUUUGCAAUUUCGUCGAAGUUGAUUGUUCUGUGGGAGGGUGACCCGACCUCAAUUGGGAGCAUUGCCUCGGUUCCAUAGGCCAACUUGAAAGGGGUUUCUCCGG